AUGCAGCGGGCAAGAGCGGGGCAUAGUAACCAAUUUGGCCGUCCAAUUGUCAUUUCAAUCUUCAACUCCUCCAAUGUGACUGUGACCAACUUUUCCAUUCGCCAGCCGAUGUUCUGGAGUUUCUGGAUUCAAGACUCGUACAACGUCGAAAUCAGCAAGGUGUGUAUCAAUGAUACCAACUCGGAUCCCCACGGAAAUUCUUCCAACUACGAAACGAACAUUGAUGGCCUCGAUUCAUUGAGAGUCGAUCACCUUCUGGUAAGAGAUUGGCAAUUCCACGGCGGAGAUGAUUGUCUAGCUCCGAAAGGGAAUACGACCAACAUCGUCAUCAACAAUAUGACUUGUGUCGGAGGCGGAAUCGCGAUCGGAUCAAUCGGCCAAUACGUCGACUCGCCCGACUAUAUCUUCAACGUGACGGCCACAAACAUCUCAGUCUCCCAAGACAUUAAUCCGCGCACUGGGGGAGCUGCAGUAUCUGGUGGAGCUUACUUCAAAUCUUGGGUAGGCAAAGAAGAGGGAGUACCUCCACAGGGUGGCGGCGGGGACACAGGAAAAAGUCUCCAAUGUGACUUUCGCGGGACUGACGACUCACAACACGAGCCAAGCUGUCUACAUCAACAAGUGCUACUUCAGGGUACCUGA